AUGGCGCCGCCGUCUUACUUGCCUCUUCACUCGAAGUCACCCUCUCUUCCGACGCUUGCGUCGCCCACAACAUUCACUUUCAACCGCCUUCGCCUCCGCAUCGGCGUUCUUCUCUUCCUUGUACUCUCCACCACACUCGUUGCCCUCUACUCUGCGGAUCUCUUCCCUUCCAUAUACGCGGCGCUCGCGUUCACCGCGCUCGCGCCUUCCUCCGCGUCGCUCUCCUCGUCACGAGUCAACCCGCGGAUCGGCUUGAUACAGCAAGUCGCUUACUGGGUCUCGCCAGCAGCACGACCAACGUGUAACUUGGAGCCCUGGCAUAACGAACGCUAUGCCUCCCUGCGCAACAGCUCCAACGUCUUCCUCGCGAUGAACCUCCACGACAACGAGGAAGUCCUACCGACCUUUUUCCAAGAGAUCCCCAAGCUGCUCGACUUUCUUGGCCCGGAGCGCGUUUUUAUCUCCAUCUACGAGAACGGCAGCUCCGACCGCACACCGCGGUUACUGCGACACUUCGAUGAACUGCUGAAAGAGAUGGGCGCUCCGCAUCGCAUCAUCACCGAGGGUACAGCUCGCGCGUCAGACAAGGAAGACGGUCACCGUAUCAACUUCCUCGCGGCGGUGCGCAACAUCGCGAUGGAACCUCUUUACAGCGGUUCUGCUGCCGCUCUCCUGCCCGACGGCGGGCCCUUCGACGAUGUCCUCUGGAUCAAUGACGUCUUCCACUGUACUGCGGACGUCCUUGAAGUUCUAUACCAGCGCCGCGUACAGAGUGCGACGCAGGCUUGCGCUCUCGACUGGGGAGUGUGGGGUGAUCAAGUGAUCUAUGAUCGCUGGGUCUUACGCCCGAUGAGCGGGAGCGUGCUCUACGACUACAACGAGAUCGUCGACUGGUUCUCUAGCGAAUACACUCGUGAAGAGCAGCUCGCGCAUCUUCCUCAACUCCUCACCGACGAGCGUGACGGCCCAACGAGAGAGCGCAUUCAGUCCGCGCUUCCGACGCAGGUGUUCUCUUGCUGGAACGGCGCGACGGCGUUCGACGCGAGUGUCUUUGCACCUCCAACCGAUCUGCGCUUCCGCGCCUCGCACGGCGACCUCGACGAGCAGGGUCAAUUACGCGAGGUUACCGAGAAGGCUAGCGAGUGCUUCUUGUCAAGCGUCGACCUGUGGAAGGCCGGUCUGGGCAAGAUUGCUCUUGUUCCGAAGGCCAGCCUCGCAUAUAGUCUUCAGGACUACGAGACCCACCGGAAGGAUAGGCCGCUACCGGCAGAUCAUGACAGCUCUCUCGAGACUAUCGGGUGGGUGCAUGAGCCGCCGGCUCAGGUCGCGAUGCAGGACUAUGCGAACUGGUGGGGACCAGAGCGCUGGGCGCCAUGGGACGAGCAAUGA